AUGAGUGCGGAGAAGGCCCGUGCCGCGGAGAAGGUGAAGGCGCUGGAGCUUGCUCUGGGGAGCGUGAAGGACGCUCUGAGUAAGAUUGAUGCCGACAUGGAGGAGGUGGAGGCGAGGGUGAAUAGGAGCGGCGCAACGCUGCAGGAGCGAACGUUGCAUGCAUGGCCCAUAUCACGCUCGGCUUACCCGAGCCGCCGCCGUCGUCGUCCCAGCACGGAUGCCGCCGCCGUCUGCUCACCAUCCUUGUGUCCAUCGUCAUCAGCGUCGCGCUCGCCGUCGCCGUCUCGCUGGCCAUCUACUUCGCCGUGCGGCCGGCGCCGGGUGAUGGCCCGUCGCUCAUGGCUACUACCGAGCGAGCUCGCGGCGCUCCCCGGCGCGGCGGCCGCGCGGGACGCCGACCUCCUCGUGCCCAUGUCGCUCGACGCCACGCGCCGCCGCGUGGCGGACGCGCUCGCCGACGCGACGGAGCUCGUGGCCGCGCGGGCGCCGCUGGACCGCUCCGCUGGUGCUGGUGGCUACGGCAUCAGCGACUGCCUCGAGAUGCUGGAGGCCGCGGCCGACCUACUCAGCCGCUCGGUCGCCGCCGUCACGGCGCCUGCUGCUGCGGCGGCCGCCAUCGCGCACGACGACGUCAUGACCUGGCUCAGCGCGGCGCUCACGUACCACGACACGUGCCGCGACGGCCUUCAUGAAGAAGUCGACGCCGACGGCAAGGACGACGGCCGCGCCGUGAAGGCCCAGAUGCUUGGAUCCCUCGGCAACCUCAUGGAGCACCUAAGCAACAGCCUCGCCAUCUUCAAGGCGUGGGGAGCACCGGUCGUCUCCGGCGGCCUCCCCGUCCAGAAACGACAGCUACUGUCAGCCCGCAGCGGCCACGGCGACCUCACCUUUCCGGCGCCAAGUUGGGUAAAACACAGCGAUCGGCGGCUCCUGGAGGUUCCGACCGGUGACAUGGUGCCCGACAUGGUGGUGGCCAUGGACGGCAGCGGAACGCACCAGAGAAUCGGAGACGCCGUGGAGGCUGCUCCCGUGCGCAGCGCCCGCCGAGUCGUGAUCUACAUCAAGGCCGGCGUGUACGGCGAGAACGUCAAGGUGGCGCGCAACAAAACGAACCUGAUGCUCGUCGGCGACGGCGCCGGGCAGACGGUGGUGGUCGGGCGGCGCAGCGUCGCGGACGGCCUGAGGACGUUCGACACGGCGACGCUGUCGGUGUCCGGGGACGGGUUCAUGAUGCGCGACCUGACGGUGGAGAACCGCGCGGGGCCCCGGGAGCACCAGGCGGUGGCGCUGCUGGUGACCGCGGACAGGGCGGUGGCGUACCGGUGCGCCGUGGUGGGGUACCAGGACACGCUCUACGCGCACGCGCAGCGGCAGCUGUACCGCGAGUGCGAGGUGGCCGGCACGGUGGACGCCGUGUUCGGCAACGCGGCGGCGGUGCUGCAGAACUGCACGCUGCGCGCGCGGCGGCCGCUGCCGGGGCAGAAGAACACGGUGACGGCGCAGGGGCGCGCGGACCCGAACCAGAGCACGGGGUUCUCGGUGCACGCCUGCCGGCUGGUGCCGGCGCCGGAGUACCCGGCGAGCUCGACGUACCUAGGCCGGCCGUGGAAACCCUACGCGAGGGUGGUGUACAUGAUGUCGUACGUCGGCGAACACGUGGACGCCGCCGGGUGGCUGGCGUGGGACGCGUCGGCGGGCGCGCCCGACGACACGGUGUACUACGGCGAGUACCAGAACUACGGGCCCGGCGCGGCGCUGGAGGGGCGCGUGGCGUGGCCGGGACACCGCGUCAUCACGAUGGCGGAAGAGGCGAUGGAGUUCACGGUGAGGUGGUUCAUCGCCGGCUACUCCUGGCUGCCGGCCACCGGGCUGCCGUUCGUCGGCGGCUUGACCGCGUGA